CCGACGCUGCUGCUGCGCGGGGGCUGGGAGCGCGAGCGGAGCCCCGGGGACUCGGAGCUGGGCCGCCAGUUCCGGGACUGGUGCCUGCGCACCUACGGCGACUCGGCCAAAACCAAGACGGUGACACGCAGCAAAUACCAGCGGAUCGCCGAGGUCCUGCAGGGCGGCGGCGGGACCGGCGCGGGCAGCGGCCCCGCCGCCGGCGAGAAAGGCAAGUUCCAGUUCUGGGUGCGCUCCAAGGGCUUCCGCCUGGGCAGCGGCCGGGAACCCAAGAUGGGCCAAGUGGUGUAUGUGCCGGUCAAGACGGGCUCG